AUGUCUCUCACCGCUCGGGAACGCCGCAACCCUCCUCCACGGCGGAAGUCGUGCGCCGCCUGCACAAAGGCCAAGCGGCGCUGCGACUUUGCAGUACCGGCUUGUCUCCGAUGCUCGCAGAGAUGCAUCCCCUGUCAAUAUCCUUCGCGAACUCCGCGAGGGCAGACCACGACGACGAAUUCGUCAAGUUCGCCAGAGACCAUCAUGCCCGGCCUGCUGACGAAUGAGUCGGCAUCCUCUACGCCCCCGGCUGUCGGUCAACUCGAUGAACCCAUCGUGGAUGACUUCAAUGCUGUCAUUGCGGAUAUUGAUACCAACUUUAAUGAACUGGCGUCUUUUGAUGUUCCUCUUGACGACGCCACUUUGGACCUCAUCCAGCCGUCUUUAGAGCUGUCACCCCCGUCUACCAAGGAGUUUGGUGCAAUCCCAGAAGCCAUCACAGGUCGCCUCAAAUGGUCAAUAGCAGAGAUCCAAAAGGCCCCUUCUACCAUGGUCCUCGAAAACCAGACCCCUUGGUGUCAUGCUCUCCUGUACAAGAACGAAAUGCCACGAUCAAUGCAGGACGCACAUGCAGCCUGUGCACUGUAUCUCGCAAAGAACCGAGUAAACUCCCCCUUCAUCUUCCGUAGCAUCGAGACCCGCGUCAAUGAUCUUCUAUCAGCACCUCCACCCGUGACGCCGUUCGAGUGCCUUGCGCACACCCACGCUCUUCUCCUGUACCAAAUCAUCCGACUCUUUGACGGUGACAUUGGCGCUAGAGCAUCUGCAGAACGCAUGAUCCCCGCUAUAGAGUCCUCGGCGAUGGCUCUGUUUUCUCAUGUGCAAUUUGACUUGGACCGGACGUCCACCUGCUCCCUUCCCCUCUUCCCGAUAGCCCCAACCAAGACAUUCUGGAUGGACUGGAUCCUCCAAGAGUCUCUCCGACGCACACUUCUCUUCACAUUCUAUUUUAUGCAGAUCUACCGUAUCAUGGCCGGCUAUAAAGGACUGCAGUGCGAUGGGAGGAUGGGGCUAUGUCACUCCUGGACCCUGUCGGCACAUCUAUGGCAUGCGCGUUCUCCGCUAGCUUUUGCAGAGGCUUGGAUGAACAAGAAGCAUUUGGUAGUGACAGAUGCGCUGUUUGGCAAAGUACUCCAGGAGGCGAUGGCCCAUGAUAUAGACGUGCUUGGGCGUAUUUUCAUCUCGUCCCUUCUGGGGGUGGAUGAAGCGGAGGGAUGGUUUGCGAGCAGAGGUGGGAAACUCUAG